UCUUCUGCCCCAUCUGCAGCCUGCACGGAUCACAUCGCCGGAAGCAGGAUCAUAUCCCUACGCGAUAUAAUCCAUUUUGUUUGGAGGGAGAACCAGAAAAGCCAGACGGCGAAAAUUUCACCAACAUUCUCUCCAGGAUUCUCAGCCCUAAAGUGCAAGCCAGGAUACUACUGUGAGUAGUAUAUACCGAGCGUAGUAAAGUACCAUUGUGAGGAGGAGGAGGGUGACACUUGAUCGUGUCCCCCAGGCUGAGAAUCCCUAAGGACAAUAUAGUAUGCGGAGUGAGCCCCCCCAACACCCCGGCAUGGAUCGGGACCCUGGGUAUGGCCAACGGCACACUCCCUUCUACUCCCAGCCCGACAUCAGGAUAUACGAGUUGAACAAGAGGCUUCAGCAGAGGACAGAGGAGAAUCUCAGAGAGGACAGCGACAACUUGUGGUGGGAUGCUUUCGCAACAGAAUUCUUUGAGGAUGAUGCAACGUUAACAUUGUCCUUCUGUUUGGAAGAUGGGCCAAAGAGAUACAUCGCCCCCAGUAGCCCCCCGUUUCUUCAGGGGUGGCACUUUGAGGACGAGGGAGGCAUAAAGCAGUACACAAUCGGUAGGACGCUGAUCCCGCGGUACUUCAGAACGAUAUUCGAGGGGGGCGUGACGGACCUGUACUUCACCUUGAAGCACCCAAAAGAAUCGUUCCACAACACCUUCAUCACUUUGGACUGUGAGAACACCACCAUGACCACUCACCAUGGGAAACCCACCUUUACAAAGGUGUGUACAGAUGGAAGACUGAUGCUGGAGUUCACCUAUGAUGACCUGAUGAGAAUUAAGAACUGGCACUUCGCGAUCAGACAGCACACAGAGAUGAUCCCACGCAGUGUAAUAGCCAUGCACGACCCUGCCAUGUUGGAACAGCUGUCCAAGAACAUCACCCGACAGGGUCUCACCAGCUUCACACUCAACUAUCUCAGGCUUUGUGUGAUCCUGGAGCCGAUGCAGGAGCUGAUGUCACGACACAAGGCGUACGGUCUGAACCCACGGGACUGCCUCAAGACUACCCUCUUCCAGAAGUGGCAGCGCAUGGUCGCGCCACCAGCAAACACAGAACGUCCGCCCAGCAAGCGAAGAAAGCGAAAGGCAUCUCAGAGCGGCCAGGGCAGCGGCAACAGCAGUAACAACCAGUCAGGGGGAGGGGGAUCCAAGAAGAAGUUUCCUACAGCAGGGCGCAAGCGAUCUGCAGAAAGCGACCUGGUCCUUCCUUUGGACGAGGACGUGAUGGUGGUGGGAGAACCUUCGCUGAUGGGGGGAGAGUUUGGGGACGAGGACGAGCGGCUCAUCACCAGGCUGGAGAACACGCAGUUCGACGCAGCAAACGGCAUCGAUGGGGACGACGAGUUUGGGGGAUCCCCCGCGGUCAACAACAGCUCGUGGGGAAACCCCCCAACAUCCACCAGGAGGAAGGAUCCCAGCCAGAGUCACCAGGAGGACCCCGCCCACCAACCAGCCCACCAGGACUAGUCCACUGUACAGUAGGGGUGGCUCUGUAGGUGGGAGGGAUUCUCUUUGUCCUAAAGUGAUUGGCUUAGUCUAACUGUCUUGGAACAACCCAAGUGUUGAUCUGACCCUGCCCACAUUUGACACGGUGCAUUCUCCAUCUGUCUUGUAUUAACCCAAUGUCUUGUAUUGUGACAAAACAGCACCAUGGAGGGAAGGUAGCCAGAGUGUUCUUCCAAGACUGUUGAACUUUAUCCUCCUCCCUAUACAUCCAAACCUUCCCUCUAUCAGCAAAUGGUGUUAGAGGAUCUCCCCAGCUAUCACCAUAGGAACCAUCAGUAUGGUUAAGUAGGAUAGGUGACCAUAGGUUUCCAUGGUAACACAGAUGUCACCAUGGAAACUGUCAUUAGGGUUACAUAGGGUAGGUUGUUAUGUGCAUUCCAGAUGAAUAUCACUAAACAGCAAUUACAGAAUAGUGACUGAAUCAUUACCUGUUUUGAUUGAUAAACAGUAGUUACAGAUUUAGCCUUUUAAAUGACAACUUCUCUUUUAAUAUGAAAAUGUGGUGUUUGCCUCUUCAUUUACGUUUUGUUCAUUCUGAGGUUCAGUUCUACCUUGAGUAUUUAAGUUGCCCUAGCUUGAUAUAGACAGAUGAUAAUUUCAAUAUACAUUUACUUAUCAUUGUAUCAUUUUGAUAAUCAAUAGCUAUACCUUUGAAUACUUGUAUGUUUUUUUAUAGACGAUAUACAUGAUAGUAAUGGUAUGUGGCAUAUUUACUUGUAUGUAAUUUCUAAUUGAGUUUUCUGUGGAAGAAAUAUACAAUGUAAAUUGCAGUAACAGGACCACUUGGAUCACAGAUCUAGCUAGUUUUUUUUUAUAUCUGUCGGCCUCCCACCAGAGAAGUGCUCACUACAGUACAGUACAGUACAGUACUACACAUUGGUCUUGAUACAGGAUUGUGGCAUGUUUAAAGGUCAGAAUUAGCUCUCAACACCUUUAGGGACAGUAAAUAAGAAGUGAAAUUUAACAGUAUUUUUAUCCAGAGUUAUAGCAUAGUUGUUUUCUUAUUUGUUGUCUCAUUUUAGUAAGAGCCACAGUUACCCAUCAUCUUGCUAAGUGUAACUCUACACCUCCAAUGUUAUACUGGCAAGGAGGUUAUAGGGAUAAACUCAUUUAUACACCAGUUAUAACCUUUAUACUGGUGUAUACUUUAGACCAGCAUACAUGUACACUAUAAAAAUGGCUGGAGGCCAGACUAAAAGACCAAUCAUGGCAGAGGUAUUGCAAGGUCAAACACCAUGUACAAUUUAAUAAAUGCUUAAUAGUUCUGUACCAUUCCAUUGCCUUGUAAAAAGUAUUUUAUUAGGUAUGUGUGAAAGUGUUUAAUACUUUAUAGUUGAGUAAUUAUUUAAACAUUAGCAGGAUGGUAGUCAAAUGUAUACUCCUUAUACUCCUUAUAUCAUAAAGCCCAAAGUAUUGUGUAUGUCUUUAUUAUUGUAUGUAAAAAAUGACAUAUCAGGUCCUGAUAUUGUGUUUUAGGUUUAUUAUAUUCCAUGUCUUGGUUUUUAUACCAGCCUUAUUACAUGUAUUAUUAUUAGUCCAUUUAAAGGAAGUUUGUCAGUUUGAUUAGGUUUGGGAGGGAGCAAGAUUGUCUGAAUCUCUUAGAUCCAUACACCAAGACUCUUGCAUGCCCCUCUGUUCUUGCCUUUCCCUUCUACAUAUGUGCAGAUAUUAGUGAAGGACAUGUUUUGUUCCACAAGAUACACUUUGUGCCAUUUGUGGGAUCACCAGUAUCAUUAUUGACACAGUUACUGUAUCUCUUAUCAGAAGAAAAACAGUGUCAUACAAAAGUCUGUUUUGAUGAAUUGGGUACACAAGUACAAACAAAGGAUUUUUACCCACCCUCUGUUACAAUGUUUACACAAGAACCUUUUUAGUUUGUGGUUAACAGUUUGACAAGAGCAAAGGUAGAUAGGGCAUAUGUAUCAUUUACCUAAAAGUUCUCUCUCUCUCUCUUACAUCACAUCUCAGUGCCAAACAACUCCUUGGAUAUCAUUUAAAGCUAUGUGUACCAAUUCCCAGUGUAGUCCUCCACUUAAGGCCAAAUCUGACUUGUUUCUUGCCUGGAAAUGGAGGUGCUACUGUCAGCCUUACCUAUGUUUACAUCAUUUCCAAAGACUUGCCAACAUUAAUAUGUACAUGUAUAAUGGUUCAUGUUAUGUUCAAUUGUGCAACAUUUUAUAUUAUACAGAUCCCCUCUCAGAUACAUGUAUGUUACCAGAUGCUGAAUAGUUUUUACCAAAGUAGCACUGAGCUUAAGUAUCAGUACAAUACUUAGCUGAACCUCAUAGAAUUUUCCAACUUUGGCCUCUAUGAGUAUGUGAAAUUACUGUACAGUCGGAGAUAGUUUUAUAGUUGUAAGCGUGACACUCCUAACAGACUGUUGAAUGCCAUAACAGGUUGGCAAGUUAAGAUUGGAAGUCAUCAGAAGCAUUUUGAUAAUGACUAGCAGAGUUCACUGCCCAAGCUGUUGCAAGAAGAUUGGCCCAAAGGUCAAACAAAGCACUACAAAUUGAUUCUCCUUUUCUUUUUCUUUUUUUUUUAAAGCUACAAACCAACCAAUGACUUUAAUUUUGGUCAACUUUAUGUUAGUACACUACUUUGUAUCCCAGUCAAAGCUUAGAAAUCACCACAAAACCAAAAGUGUAGAAAUGCAAACGUGAUGAAUAUACUACCACUCUCUUUGGAUAAAGACUGGUUUUGAUUGACAGCCAGGAUUGGUCUUUUCCCACGUAAUAAACAUUUUAUUUUGCCUCAUGGCUUAAAGUCAUGGAACAGCUACAGUUUUUGCCAAAUGCAGGGAGAGGUAGACCAUUGAAGGAACAACACACUUGUGCAUUUAUGUUUAAGUUUUCACCAAGAGUGUUUCAUACUAUGAAACCAUAAUGUAAAUAGAAGCAUGUUGCCAUGGCAACCAAACUGAGAUGCUACUCAAUAGGAUGAUCACAUGACAGCUGCCAUGCUGGUUGGUUGAACCUGGUAGACUGAGACCUACAAGUUUGCAAAUGAUUAUGUCAUGAUAACUGUGCUUUCACAGAGUUGACACGACAACUUUAACCACGCAGCAUGGCAGACAAUUCUAAUGUCACUGUUAUCCUAUGCCCUUGUAAAGUAUCUAGUGAGGUCAACUGCAAAGGCCCAUGAGGUGGGUGCCAAAAGUUAACGAUUAUUAAACAAUUUUAGGAUGGCAAGAUAAAAGACUACUUGAUAACUACAAAAUGUACAACUGAAUUGGGGGCAUAUUUUCUGCAUAACCCGACAUGAAUUUUUUCAGAUUUUUCUACACCUGCCUCAUGAAUGCCUUUGCAGUCUUCCCCUUCUGUAUACAAAUGUAUGUUGUAGGCUUGUUCAUAGCUAGACUAGGAACUGUCACUGAGGUCAGGGUCUGUGUCUGCAUUUGUUAAACACAGACAAAACAUAGAGUGCCCACAAUCUGAAGAGCUUCAAAUGAUGAAACCAAAGAGACAACAGAAUACAACUUUAGACAGUGUUAGACAAACUUUUAAAAAAUGGUCUGCCUAACUCUUAAACUAGAUGUUUGGCUAAAUGUGUUUUAUCUAAAAAUGUUUUUAGGAAUUUUUGUUGGGCUUUCUAUCUUGUUCCGCUUUCUUUGGCAGACAUGAAAGAAACAGGGCAAAAUAGAAUGACCGACAUCUGGAGCCAAACCUCUGCUUGGAGAGUAGGUCUGCCCUGCAAUGUGAAACAAGAUCAUGUUUGAAGGAAAUUUCUGAACAUCUGAGAGAUUGAGUUAUUGUAUGGAUGGGUCCUCUUUCUUUUAGAGACCUUGUCAGAGUCGUCCUACCAACCACUUGUACUUCAUAGUCAAAGCAGCAAAAUUGGAGGAACGAAAACUUGUGAUGAUGAUGAUUCAUUCUUCAGAUUAGUAGCAUUGCAUGGAGGCUGAAGGCUCUGACCUAACAGUGGGUUCACUAAUACAAGUAGUUUUGUACGGCUGGACUUUGUAUAUGUGAAUAUGUAUUUUGUGGUUGAAUGACCAGUAUUUUGUCUAUUUGGCCAUACUGGCCAUUUUUGCUUCACGAAAAAAAAGCGUCCAAUAAAAAGCAUGAUUCCAA